CGCGGAGACUUAUCGUCUCUCUUCCAUUCUGCUUGAACUACCGCCCGCGCCGCCGAUGGCCGCCGCCGCCGCGGCGACGUGGCGCCUCUGGAGGCCCUACUCCUCCGCUCUCCUCUCUCGCCGGGUGAACCCGAGGUUCCUCCGUACUACGCCGUGCGUCUCCUACCCCGGCGGCGCCGCGGCUUCUGCGGCGCCACCCUCGCCUCCGCUUGCCACCACCUGCUCCGACGAUUGGGGCGGCGGGAUGAGGUGGGAGUCCGCGCGGAAGAAGAGGGUCGUGCUCCGCGUAGGCUACGUCGGCACGGAGUACCGAGGUCUUCAGAAGCAGCGGGAGCUCAGCGCGGACUCGACAAUUGAGUCAGUCUUGGAAACAGCCAUCUUCAAGGCUGGGGGCAUUCUUGAGAGUAAUUAUGGGAAGCUGCAAAAAGUUGGCUGGGAAAGGAGUAGUAGAACUGAUAAAGGGGUACAUUCACUGGCCACAAUGAUCUCUCUGAAAAUGGAAAUCCCUGAUCGAGCAUGGGAGAAUGAUCCUGAUGGCAUUGCUCUUUCAAACUUCAUUAACUCAAAUUUGCCAGACAAUGUUAGAGUUUUCAGUGUUUUGCCUGCUCAAAGGAGUUUCGAUGUGAGGAGGGAAUGCUUGUAUCGGGAAUACUUGUAUCUUCUUCCUGCUGAAAUAAUUGGAAUUAAAGGUGGUUGUAGCUCUGAAGAAGUAAUGGAACACCUGUCAGAAUUCAAUAGCAUUCUGAAAGGUUUUGAGGGAAACCAUCCAUUUCAUAAUUACACUGCUCGUGCCAAGUAUAGGAAAGUUCUAGCAGGAAGGCAUCGUAAGGUAAAAGGGGCAAGCUCAGCUGUAAAUUCCAUGCCCACUGAAAUGAGUUUGGACCAAAGCUCCUCUGAUGACGGAACUACUUCAGACCAUGAUGAAGAAGACUUGAACUCUUCGUCGAUAAUUGGUUCUAGUGUACCAGAAGACAGUUAUAAGGAUAAUCCCGAAUUUUCUGAGAAGCAGGUUCAGAUUCGAGCUAGGUGGCUUCAUGAGCCUGAUGAAAAUGAUCGACUGAAUGCUUCACAUUUCAGAGAUAUCCUCACAUUCUCCUGUGGAGAGCUCCAGAUUUCAUCAGGAAUUCAAUUUGUGGAAUUGACUAUAUCAGGAGUAUCUUUCAUGCUGCAUCAGAUCCGGAAGAUGGUUGGUACUUCGGUGGCGGUUAAGCGUGGAUUACUACCCAAAGAUAUUAUAGCACUGUCUCUUGCAAAGUUUUCUCGCAUUGUGUUACCAAUUGCCCCUUCUGAAGUUUUGGUGCUUAGAGAUAACAGUUUCUGCCUGAGGAACAAGCAAGGGACUAUAGUUCGCCCUGGGAUCCAAUCAAUGAAUGAAUCUGAAGAAGUCAAGAAGGGGGUAAUGGAAUUCUACAGGGCAGCUCUUGUUCCAGAGCUAGCAAACUUCCUGGAUGCAUCCAUGCCUCCAUGGAAAGAAUGGGUGGAGAACUUGGACCGAUUCACGAGCAUACCAGAUCCACAGCUGGAGGAAGUUAGGAGCGCUUAUAGGGUGUGGAAAGCGGACUACGACCGAGUAAAAAUGGCCAGAAAGAGUGCCAGCAGCGACUAAUUUGUUGCCAAGCCCAUCGCACAGUGAAUGAUGGGCUAAAUAAAAUUCUUAGCUGAAGAGAACCCCAUGAUUCUAUCUCGGAUAUUUCUUCAUACAGGAGCAGGAGCAGCCUGACUGUCGGGCAGAGCCUUGUUUUGAUCAUGGCCAGUGAGCCAUUGAGACUGAGCUAUUGGUUGAUCGGACUACUACAACCUUCAGAUUUGGUUCAAUUGAAUGUUUUUGCUUACCGUUUUGCCUAAGCCAAUGUUAUGUUGUAUCCCGGCCACUGCAAAAUCUUUGCAGAGCAAUACUCUGAUCAGUUGUUAAAGGAAAACCGAAGGUAGAAACAUCGUUAAUUAUCUGACGA